AAAAAAGAUUUCACAAAGACCCGGCCCAAAUCAAUUCCUAUACGACUAGUUACGGCCUGUUUUCGAACCCUACACCUCGACGGUUCUUGUUUCACUCUGGAACCCUUGCUGCGGUCUGCAAGAGUCUGUUGACAACGUUGGCAUUCGCAAACAGUUGAAUCCAUCAAUUAAACCCUCGAGGAUUUCUUCUCGAUUUCAAGGGAAAGAGAAGUCGAAGCUUUCUUUUUUGCACCUCGGUACAGCUAUCGAAACUGGAAAGGGGAAAAACCGCAUACGUCGCUAGCUCUUCUAGAGUCCGCACCGCGUUGCGGGGAACAGGAGGCAAAGCGCUCACACAAGCACUUGCUCCGUACGCUGUCAGAAGUCUAGCCGUUAGCGCAAAGCGAGCCGCCCUUCAUUAUAUGCCCUGAGUUGCUUGGUUCCCAAGAGCGACACCAUGUCUCUUCAUUCCUAUGUAAAUAAGAAGGUCCUAAUCCUGACUGUUGACGGCCGGACUCUUCUCGGCACACUCCUAUCGACAGAUCAGCUAACGAAUCUCGUCCUCACCAAUACAAUUGAACGUAUAAUUCGAACUCCGGAUGACCCCGAACCGAGCUCCGAGAUCGAGCAUGGCUUGUACCUGAUCCGAGGCGAUAACGUGGUGGUAUGUGGCGAAGUUGACGAAGCCAUUGAUAACGAUAUCGACUGGACCAAGGUGAAAGGCGAAGUGGUCAGAGGCACAAAGAAUGUGUGAACGAUCUAUUUCUUCGUCGAAUAUCAGAAGAUGCCAACGGCAUUUGACCAACAUGGAUCGUGAAGUGGAUGUCAAGGGCCCUUUCGACUUUUAUGGACCUCGAUUUCACGACAGGGGGGGGCAGUGUUUCGAGGAUAGCAGUUACGCCUUGUGAGAAAAGAAUCGCAGCAUGCCGUCAUUCAAUUGAAUUGACUGACUAUCCAUCCGUUGUGUGCUGAAUGUUCUGGGAUAAUAUCACGGAUCCCCUGUCAAGUUUCGUGGCGCUUUUUUUGUUACUCCUCACUGGCACAUUCUGUCCUGCUCCAGAACACCUACAUCCCUCUUGACGGGGGUUUUCUACAGUGCCCCUACCAUUGAUAUAUGGAGAAGUCCAACAUGAAGAUGAUAUGUCUUUGGAUCUAGGAAAAAGAACUUCCCCUUUAACAUAAUAUUGUUUUCUGUCAUAGACGAAAAUUAAAAAUUCAUGAGGGUGAGUACUCUGGUGCUAUUGGGAUACAAGUUAAUGGCAAAUGUGUAUAAUCUGUCAGCCAUAGUAGAGCAAGCUUCGAAUCUACGAGGAACAGGUGCA